CCCAAGCCGAGACCGAAACCAAAACACGGACAGUCGGAAAUUAACAUCUGUGGUGUGUGGAAGCAACGAUGGGAAGAUAAAAGUGGCUAACCAACCUGUUUCUUUUCUUUGUGCCCAAGUUAAAUUCGCGGUGACCGGCCGUUUAAACCAUCCCCCGAUAUCACAAUAGAACGUCGGCGGUGAAUCCGUUCCGUUUUUUGUACGCGGUGCCAGCUUGUUCGACAACGAUACGCACGAUACCCGUUCAAACAACAUGGUCGAGAGAAUCUUGGAGGAGACCGAACAUUACGAUUCAGAGUGCAACGGCAGUGUGAACAAUGGAGAUAGCACGGGCGGUGGCGGGGGCAGCGCCUCCGACAGCGGCGAUCAAAUGGACCCCGACACUCGUGCCAAAGAAGUCGCCCGUCGCAAAGAAGAGGCCAAGAGGAAACGGCGCAGCAAGAAACGUACCGGCUCAUCUCUCGUGUCAUCUUGUUUUCAAGACCUAUACAAAUUGACAGGGGAGGUUUUAGGCGAGGGAGCCUAUGCAAGCGUCCAAACUUGCAUAAGCCUUUACACCGACCAGGAGUACGCCGUUAAGAUCAUUGACAAGGUGCCGGGGCACGCGAGAGCCCGCGUGUUCCGGGAGGUGGAGACCUUCCACCACUGCCAAAAUCAACCGAACAUUAUCCAGCUCGUAGAGUUCUUCGAGGGCGAGGAGAAGUUCUACUUGGUUUUUGAGAAAAUAAACGGUGGUCAGUUGCUGAAGAGGAUCCAGGAGUACAAGUACUUUAGCGAGGCGGCGGCCGCGGAGAUUGUGCGCGAAGUCGCGACCGCAUUGAGUUUCAUGCACGCCAAGGGUAUAGCGCACCGCGACCUCAAGCCGGAGAACAUCCUGUGCGUGAACCGCGAUCGACUCUGUCCGAUCAAGAUCUGCGACUUCGAUCUCGGCUCGGGCAUCCGGUUCCAAUCGAGCGUCUCCAGCCCCUUGGCUACACCUCAACUCCUCACUCCCGUUGGUAGUGCCGAGUUUAUGGCGCCCGAGGUGGUCGAGGCGUUCAUCAGCGACUCGGAAACGACAUCGUAUGACAAGAGGUGCGACCUCUGGUCGUUGGGAGUGAUCACGUACAUCUUGCUGUGUGGUUAUCCGCCAUUCUAUGGAAAGUGUGGAAAUGAUUGUGGUUGGGAGAGAGGUGACAACUGUAGGGCCUGUCAGAACCUCCUGUUCCAGAGCAUUCAAGAAGGGGACUAUGAGUUCCCGGAGCAGGAGUGGGCCCACAUCUCCGAAGACGCCAAGGACCUCAUCUCCAGCCUGCUGGUGAAGAGAGCUAGUCAGCGAAUCAGCGCGGAAAAGGUGUUACAACAUCCCUGGCUGAAGAACGCCAGCGAUGGGGCCGCUCUGACCACGCCGGCCGUCAUCAAGAAAAACAACACGGCCCGCGAGCUGUCGCAGUUCGCGGAGUCCGCCAUGGCUGUGAAUAGAGUCGUGCAGCAGCACUUCAGCAUGAAGCUUGACUAUCUGGAGCGGCCGAACGUCUAUCCGAUCGGCGGUGCCGACGGAAAGGCGACGGUACCCAACUGUUCGUCGCGCAUAUUCGGCCUCAGUCCGCCCAGCGAGAGCAACCUAAUGCAGAGACGGGUCAAAGGCCGGUCCUGUCAGUACCUGUUGCCGUCGCCGGUGCAGGCCAUACCCAGUCCAAGCGGCUGAAGUCCGUUGCUGUCAAGGCUCAUCCCUUACAUCUUGUACUACUAUUACUUUUUUUCUUUGAUGUUUUGUUGAAGGAGUACCGGAAAAAUUUUCAAAAACAAGUUAAGUUUUUUCUACGUAAAAACCGUUAUUUGGCUCAUUGCAGAAAGUUGAAAUUCAUUUAAUUCUAUGUGACUAGCGCGAGCGCUCUCAAAGGGUGGCGCGCUGGCUUUGUUUUCAUUUUGUAAUUUUUCUAUAAUUGAUCGCGGUGCGGGGUUCAUCACAUCGAUCACCCCGACUCAGUCGCAUGAUUUACAGACGGCCGGCGGCCGUCUUUACGUCAUUCAAAAGGUCGGGGCGGUUAGGGUGUUGUUCGUCGUGUCGCGCCGGCCUAGAUUUAGAUAUUGCGCUUGAUUUUUAAUACUUUUGUAUGUGUUGAGGCGGACUGGCUGCAGCCAGUUUUGCAUUGUGAUAAUUAAAUAAGCAUCUGACCGUGCGAUCUAGCCGCACGUAGACUGUAGACAGCCGUACCUGCUUUUCGUUCAGUGAGAUACGGAACUUUUGUAUAUUUUUGGGACGAAGUCCCGUUUGAGGGAGCCCGUCGCCGUUUUUACCACCGCAACAGUGAAGCUUCGUCCAUAGUAUUAUAGGCUUGCUGAGGUUGACAACUUGGAAAUGCACCGUCCCGAACCCGAUUUGCUUGAAUCCUGUCUACACAGUACUAAGAGUUAGUAUUUGAUGGGAGUUUAGGGAAGUCCGUGGUUCGUGCAAGUGCGUUGGUUUUGUCCAACGACAUCGGACAGUUUAAAACCACGAAAUUUUGAUUAUUUAGUAUUACUCGUGGCAAAAACGGCGAAGAGUUCUCAAAGUACUGACAGUCCAUGUAUUCUAAGAGUCCUAUAUAAGUUUGGAUAUUUUUUUAAUAUUUUGUAAUGCUCAAGGGGUAGUUUGUCUUUCUAUGAUUCGAAUGGUAUCCAAACCAGGGCGCGUGUACUACAAACGUCCACGUGGCAGUCUAGGGCUAUACCAGUGACUUUAUUUUGAUGGGCCCCCUGCCAUUUGGUCGUUUGGUCUUCCAACACUCAGGGUUGUAAUUUUGAUUGGUCGCGAGAGUUUAAAUAAAACCACAGUAGCCAAAUUAACUAGGUAACAUCACAUAAUAAUAUUCGAGCAGGCGACACCAUGUUAUUUGGCAUUACUUAAUAUUAAUUUGGCUUCUCUAGGAGACUCGACAUGUCUGUGUGAAUGCUGUCAAGUUUGAAUGUGAUAUUAUGUAUGGAUGAAUCCCAAAAUAAAAAUUUAAAAAAACCUGUAGAAAUCUAUCAGAUUGGAGAGUAUUCAUUUUUUUUCUAAUUUUAUUUUAAGGCAUUUAUUACUGUACCAGCGUCUAUUUCCAAUCAAUCAUACCAAAAAAAUUUGAUCAGAUAUAUAUUGGAAGAAAUUAAAUUAUAUUUCAUGGCGAUUGUGCCGUGAGUGCCAUUGCUGAGUUUGUAAUUUGCGAGCCGUAUGCUGUAAGCACACGAUUUAUUUUUUUACAUCUUACAGCAGACAGCCCGCAAAUUUCUACAGAAUUAUUAUAUUGUUAUUCAUUAUUGACAUGUCUCUUUUCCGCAAGAGCAUGCCUGCAAUGAUGGAAAUUUAUGUACCACGUGUGCUUUAAUUUCAUAUAAUAAAGACCGAUUUUUUUACAA